AUGCAAUUCAAACUCUUUGCCUUUGCGGCCCUCGCCGCCACCGCCGUCGCCGACAUCAAGGGCGCGCUCGAGACCAUCGGCACCGCCACCGUCAAGCUCAACGACACGGUGACGGGCUACUCGGGCGGCCUGCUCGGCCUCAUCCCCAUCACCACCGACUCGCUCUGCCUGCUCAACGACAUCAAGCAGGGCACCAAGACGGCCAAGGCCUCGGCCAUGCUCGACUACGACGCCGCGCUCGACAUUGCCGGCGCCACCGGCACCCUCGCCAACGACGUCGACGCCGUCAUCGACAACUUCAUCCGCACCAAGCCCAAGUUUGACAAGCUGCUCAUCGUCACGCCCAUCAUCAAGGAGACGCUCAAGACGCAGCAGUCGGCGACAAAGGACCUGAGCACCGCCAUCCUGGCCAAGAUCCCCAAGGACCUGGCGGAUAUCGCGGCGAUUCUGAUCAAGCAGAUUGACGACAAGUUCGCAGAGGGCAUAAAGGCGUACUCUUGA